AUACUUUACGUUCUCUGGAUCGACUACUGUGGGAACAGUUGUAUUAGGCGUUCUUACUUAACAAUUACAUCUGUUCAAAUGCGUCGUUUGUGGUCAGCAUAAAGGAAUACAAUUUGGCAAUAUAUGAAUAUUCUUCUUUAUCGACAAAAUCGUAUUUGAAUAUUUUGUCCAAGUGUCAGAUAUGACAGCUUGAAUUUUUUAACAAAUCAUAUGUGUUUGUGCAUAUAUAUAAUCACAUACUAGACGUUUUCUUAUCAUAAAUAACAUUCUCCUACGAGGGAAAAUUAUUAGUAAAUUCGUGACGGAAGGAAGUUGAAAGUGUAUACGCAAAAAGGAUAUCAGUACAAAAUUUUUAAGAAUUUAACAUUUUAAAAUACUUCUCAUAACUCAGUAAAACCGGGAAACUUAAAUGUAAAGAACUAAUAGAUGUUUAAUUGUUUAUCCUGAGAGACUUUUAUACACUGGCUGUAUGUACUAUAUUACUAUAUAUAUAGUAUAUGUUUGCAAUUAUUUGUACAUUUUUCUAAAGGGGUGAAUGGAUAAGUUCCAGUACAACCGAGCACGAGAAACACAUUUGUUGUGAAAUCUCUAUUUGAUUCGUUAAAAAGUCAGUCAGUAAAUUAAUUUAUAAAUUUGAAAAUCAUAAAGGGACUGCAUGCCGAUAUUUUUGUAACAAAAAGAGAUAAGGUAUUAAAAUGAGCCAACUUCAAAGUUCUAAUUCGGGUGGUCAAUUUAUGGAUCGGGGGCGCAUGAAUCAAAAUGGUGUUGUCCAGCCUCUUUUAACAGAUCUUUAUCAGAUUACGAUGGCAUACGCUUAUUGGAAGUCGGGAAAAACUGAUGACCAAUCGGUAUUUGAUUUGUUCUUUCGAACGAACCCAUUUCAUGGAGAAUUCACCAUAUUUGCUGGACUGGAGGAAUGUCUAAAAUUUUUAGAUAGUUUCCACUACUCAGAUAGCGAUAUUGACUAUCUGAGGCAAACAUUACCCGAAGGUGUAGAAAAUGAUUUUUUUGAAUACUUAGCCAGUUUGACAGCAAAAGAUGUUACCUUAUACGCCAUCGAUGAGGGUACAGUGGCCUUUCCAAGGGUACCUAUUAUCAAAGUUGAAGGACCUUUGAUAAUUGUGCAGCUUUUGGAAACAACAUUAUUGACGUUGGUGAAUUAUGCGAGUUUAAUGGCAACGAAUGCUGCUCGUUAUCGUAUGGUGGCUGGAAAACACGUGAAACUCUUAGAAUUCGGCCUACGUCGUGCUCAAGGCCCAGAUGGAGGAUUAUCGGCAUCAAAAUAUUCUUACACCGGGGGCUUUGAUGGAACAUCUAACGUGCUAGCAGGAAAACUUUUCAAUAUACCUGUUAAGGGCACCCAUGCGCAUGCUUAUAUAACGUCAUUUUCUGGAAUUGGAGAGUUAAAAACCCGCUUACUGAGACAUAAGACAACAGGUAUAACUGGUGAUCUGUUGGAUCACGCUGUCCGACAUCGUCAGGCAUUGGCCCAUGUGCUCGACGUAUCCCAGGAGGAGUCUAGUGAGGGCGAAUUGGCGGCAAUGGUGUCCUAUGCAAUAGCGUUUCCCGAUGGAUUCAUGGCGCUAGUCGAUACGUACGAUGUUAAGAGCAAAGUACAAACUUCGAAGUCAAGCAAAGACAAAAGUGUGACAAUCAAUUACGAUAUUCCUAUCAACUUGUCUCAAUCUAACGGCCACAUUCUGCAGGAGACAGUUAAUGGAUAUUUUACCGCAAAUGACGUGCAUGCGAGAAAUGAAAGUCUAGUUGCUACGAAUGAAAGACCAUGUAUUGGUGCAUUACUGGACCUUAAUGAUGCAGUUGAAUCAAGUACGCACUUAAAUUCAGCCAGUAAACCUAAUAUCAUUUCUAUAAACACGACAACAGAUAGACAAACUCUAACUUCUUCUGCUCCAAACGCGUAUCUGCCAAAAUAUGUCGCGAAGUCAUUCAGAAGCGGGCUUUUAAAUUUCUGUGCUGUUGCAUUGGCGCUCAACGAUUUGGGCUAUCAUGCAGUUGGUAUUCGCAUCGACUCCGGAGAUUUGGCUUACUUAUCUUGCUUGGCACGCGAAACUUUCGAAAAGGUCGCCGAAAGAUUUAAGGUGCCAUGGUUCAAUAAGUUAACAAUUGUUGCAUCGAAUGACAUCAAUGAAGACACCAUUCUCAGCUUGAAUGAGCAAGGUCAUAAAAUUGAUUGUUUCGGAAUCGGUACUCAUUUAGUAACAUGCCAAAGACAGCCAGCCCUCGGUUGUGUGUACAAGCUCGUUGAAAUAAAUGGACAACCACGCAUUAAAUUGAGCCAAGAUGUCGAAAAGGUCACAAUGCCGGGAAACAAGAACGCUUACAGAUUAUACAGUGCUGAUGGACAUGCACUAAUUGAUUUACUACAGAAGGUUUCGGAGCCGCCUCCAAGUGUUGGUCAAAAAGUUUUGUGCCGUCAUCCCUUCCAGGAGUCGAAGCGGGCUUACGUAAUUCCCUCGCAUGUUGAAUUGUUGUACAAAGUAUAUUGGAAGGACGGCAAAAUUACACAACAGUUGCCCACAUUAGAACAAGUGCGCGAAAAGGUAAAGAUUUCGCUUAAAACCCUGCGGAAUGAUCACAAGCGCACACUCAACCCAACGCCUUAUAAGGUGGCCGUCAGCGACAAUUUAUACAACUUUAUACACGAUUUGUGGCUACAAAAUGCACCGAUUGGCGAACUCUCAUGAUCUAUAUAAUUUUCUAAUUUCCCAAGUCAUGGUGCAAAUCAUAUGAACAUAAAAUUAGAAAAAAUUUAUCGAAAUUUGACAUAGGCAGCAAUUCAAGCAAAUUACAUUGACAAUUCUCAUUUCAAUACAUUCGUAGAUUUAUAUAUCUAUAUACAUAUGUAUAUGGAAAUCGGAUUGGGAAAAUAUAAGGUACGCAGAAUAGAAAAUGCUAUUAAUAUACAUAUGUACAUACUACAAUAAUAAAUACAGUUUACAGCACAACUUAUCAGGAAUGUGUCUUGUGCCUUAUGUACACAGACCCGGUUAUAUAUAAAUGCAUAUGAAUGCAAAUUCGUUUUCAUGACUUUUAAGUACAAUUAUUAGUUAUGCAAAUAAGUGUCAUUGUAUGUAUAUACACAAAUGUGUAUAUGAGAGCUUUUUAAUAGAUGUUAGUUGAACAUUAAAAUGUAGAUGAUGUAUUACACUCACAAUGAAACAUACUGAAAUAUUGUUAAAGUUAAAGAAAUUGUCGUAAUUAAUAUAAUAUAUUUUAAGAUAUCAUAAAAAUAUGUAGAUUGUGAAAUUUGCUAACAAAAUAUUUACUUAAUUUCUUGCAAAACGUAAAAUAUGCACAACUUAACCUUCACUAACCACUUUAUUGAGUAUAGAAUGCGUAACUAAAAUAGCAUUCCGAAUCAUGUAAGCCAAAAUAUAGGCAAUUUCUAAUUAAUGAAAACUGUUUGCCUCCCUGAAGCACCCUAUGUAGUUUAAAUUUAUAAUGUCUGUAAUUGAUUAAGUUACAUAUUAUGACAUUAGCAAAGCGUACAUACUAAGGCAUAUUUUGUAUAUAUAAUAUAGUUUGACGUGUGUUUAAAAUUAAGUGUUGGUUUAUGUUUUUAAAUUAGAAUUAAAAGAUUGGAAACACAAAAAUAAAAUUUGUACAAAAUAAAUCAUCCAA